CGUCUAGAGAAGGAAAAUGCCGAUUAAAUGCACUAUCCGUGGUAUAAAAGCCGUCUAGGACUGCCGCUUCAUCGCCCAGCGCUUAUAAACCGCUCUCGAUUUCCCCUUUUUUAAUCCGCGCAUUCGAUAAGGCAGCCAUGGCCGGCCGUUUUAUCCUGUCUCGGUAUCUCCGCAUCUUCCAUAAACAGGUAUCUGUGUGCUUCGUUAUAAUGUGGCUAGCGUGCCUCGAUAUAGGAUCUUUAGCGCAACAAGAGCCGUCUUCUCCUGGAGGACUCGUGAUCGACCCUGGCGCUCCGUUAAGCAGUGGCUCGAUAAAAGAAAAGCACCGUGGAAUCACGGCGAUCUCCGAGGACAUCAACGGUCGCGAUCUGAUCCCGAUCUACCUGGACGGCUCAGAUCCUUCCGUGAUCGAGAGCAUCGCAACGGGCGGCUGCAAAGGCGGGAAAUGCCCCGAAUUUCACAUUUGCGAGGGAUCCACUCCCUUCGGUAGCGGCUCCGGGAAAUUCGCUCUUUGCGAAAGCCGACCACUGAUGACGUCAGCAGCGGAUAAGGAGAUUAAAGACAUGCUGUUUAAUUUGCUGUCCGACGCUCCCUCCGUGUCCAAUUGCCUGGACGAUUCCGCCAUUGAGAAGCUCCGCGCGGAGGGAGCUUCCGCCGCGCCUCCGCCAUGGUUCCGCACAUGCCCUCCGCAAGCUUCCGCCGCUGGUGCCACCGGUGCUGCUGCUGCUGGGGCUGGGGAAUCGGGGAAGUUAGAAUCGUGCGUGCUGCCGCCUUAUCCGGGCCACGUCAUCAUGCUGCGCGACGUGUACGUGGAUCUGCACGGCCACGUGUUUAACAGCACGCACCGCUUCGUGUUCGGAGGGGGUCCACGUGGCGCUGACGUGUCGGGGAAAUCCGGGAUAGGCGCAGCGGAAACGGGGGAGGGUUUUAACAGCGAGUUCUCUUAUCCGAAGGGGACUACAGCGGUGGUUUACGAGCACGUGCUCCAUCUCUUCCCCCCCCAUAUAAGCACGCGCGCGCACGCCCAUGCAGCAGGCGCGGAGGGGAGUGAACGGGGGGAAGGGAGGGAGGCGAGGGGGGAGUCUGCGCAUGGGCGAGCGGCGACUUACAGAUGGAUGGUGGAGUGGUUACUUCCAGGACUCAUGGCGGUGCAUGACGCCAUGCCGAGCUUCGAACACUACCCCAUGCUGCUGCCAUACUCGCAGUUGCUGCGCCACAUGAGCCAUCAGCUGUUUGGGUUCGACCUCGCCUCUCGAGCGCUGCACCCGGCCCCACAGUACGGGCAAGGAGGGGGAGACGGCACGAGAGAGGCUCACCCCCUCUUUGUGCACUUCCUCUUUGUUCCCUCGUUCCUCGCCUGUUCCUCCCCCUCCCCUUCUCUCCUCCGCCUCGCCCGCGCCUGCCACUUCCUCCCCCCAGACGGCCUCCCCUCCUUCUCCGCCUCCUUCCAGCCCCGCUCCCCCCCGCCCCUCUUUCUCUCCGCGGAUGGGCUAGCAGGGGGGGAAGAGUGGCUGGUGGUGGUCGUGCGGACGGGGUUGGGGGGAGGGGGGGAGAGUGGGGGGACGGCGGGGGGAGCGGCAGGGGGAGGGGGAGGGGGGAUAGUGCGGGAGGAAGAGGAGAUAGAGAGGGUAAUUGUUGAGAGGUUUGGGGCGGAUAAAGUGGAGUCUUACCAGGGCCACAUGGGCCUGGAUGAAGUAAAAAAACUCUUCAACCGAGCUCGGCUCCUCAUCGGACCCUCCAGCCUCGCCCUCUCCUCCCUCCUCUUCCUGCCAUUCAAUGCUGCUCUGCUCGAACUCCUCCCCCCGCCUGCUCUCAAUGCCUCUACUCCUGGAGGAGCAGCAAGCGAUCCUGAGGGGUUUGGCUCCCUGGCAGCAGCUGCUGGUAUUGUGCGGUAUGCUGUCCCUUGCGAUUCAGUGGCAGCACCUGCAGCAAAACCCGACCCUUCGGAUUCGACUGGGGAAGGCGCAUCUGGUGGUGGCAUGUCGUGCAGGGUUCAUCUGGUGGAGGCUGCACUCGAAGAGAUCAUGAGCAUGCACUUCAGCGAUGUGAAAAGGACAGCAACAGCAACUGCAACAGCAGAUGAGACUGCAAAGGCAGCUGGCUCGUCUGCCUCUUCACUUCCCUCCCCCUCGACUGCAUCCCCAUCCCCACCACCACCAUCCCCCCCUUCCUCUCCCCCUCCUGCCACCCCUACACCUUCACCCCCCACAUCACCACCACCACCACCGCCAUCACCAGCAGCAGCAAUACCAGCACCACCGCCGCCAGCACCCCCAGCGGCAGCAGCAGCAACAAAACCCGCUCCUGUAGUGGCCCACCCCACCCGCAGCUCCCCCGGGUCAGAGAAGGACGAGGGGCCCCAGCCGUCCCCCUGGUAUGAGCUGAACGAGCAGCAGUGGGACCAGCACCGUGAGAGGAUCGCUGCUGCUGAUGGGGGCGCAGGGGCGUUUGACGCCCUGCUUUAUAACCUUACUGUGCCGCCUGAAAACGAGGAUGAGACAGGGGAAGGAGAGGGAGGAAGAGCGGGAGGAGCAGCAGGAGGAGGGGAUGGGGGAGGGGGGGUGAGUGAGGAGGGGAGUGGAGGCCAGAAGACGACAGGAAACUACCGCCCUCCUCCUUUUCCAGAUUACUCGGACCAUAUCCCUGGCACGCGGUUACACACCAAGCGGCAAGUGUUACUUUUCAACAAGUGGAUGGAGUGUGUUCUUAGGGAGGGGAGGUGGGUCUUCAAUGCCACACCUCGCACCCUCCCCUGGGAAUACACCGGAUUUAUGAACAUGUGUGAUCAUAAGCAGGUGGAGAAACGGAAGGGGAAGGCUGCUUGGGGGGCGGAUGAGCUGGUGCUUAAAGGGGUGAGUCCGGAUAAGUGGGCGGUAAGAGAAACACUUAAGUACGAGUACUUAGUUCCGGAGGAUAAGUGUGGGAAUGCUGUGCUUAAAAAGGCAGUGGAAGCAGAGCUGGGUGUGGAUGCUGCUGCUGCUGCUGCUGGUGAAAAGGAAGCAGCAGCAGAAGAUGAGGAGGUUCCUGUAUGGAGGAAAUUUGACGGGCUGGAUUUCUGCAAGCGGGCAGCUCGGGCAGCCGAAACAAGGCGCGACCGGCUUUGGAGCAACGGCACAUCUGCCCUGGCAGGCGAAAAGGCACCGGCAGCAGCAGGCGAGAGAUGGAUGGAUGAUCCUCGGAGGAUGCACAAGGGGUUCACAGUGUACAUCGUGGGAGACUCCCUACAGAAUCUCUUUGCAGCCACGUUUCUCAACCACAUGCUGUGGCACGUGCACAAGAGCGCGGCGUGGGUGCUCAACCGCACCAUCUGCUACCAGUGGGUGGAGCACCUCCCCCACGUGCACUGCCACAUGAACUUCUUUAACACCUCAGAGAGUGUCUGCCCCGGGGCGUUCGGUGGGGAUGCUGCUGCUGCUGGUGCUGGUGCAGCUGCAGCUGCUGGUGCUGCUGCUGGUGUUGCAGGUGCUGCUGGUGCUGCUGGUGCUGCUGGUGCUGCUGGUGCUGCUGGUGCUGCUGCCGGGGAUGUUGGCACGAAUGGCAGUAGCAGCAGUGACGCCGGCGCCUUUGCGAUGCAUUUCACUUCAAACCGGUGGCUCACAGUGGGAGACACUUUCGUGGCUAAGGAAAGCGUCCCUUGGUCCCAACACGGCGCGUUGGUCGAUGCUGAUGUGCUGUUGAUUAACCGAGGGGCACACUUUACUAAGGAUGACGCUUAUGUAAAAGACUUGCGGCGGGCGCUGCGAUUCGUCCGGAGAAACUUCCCUAAUAAGCUGAUUAUCUACAGGAACACUCCGCCGGGGCAUUUCAACUGCACCGAUAACCUGGGGCCUUUAUCGGAACGGCAGCCGGCUGAAAUAUUGCCGUUUAAUUGGGGCGGUUUUAUGCGGCAAAAUGAGCUGGCAAAACGGCUGGUGGCAGAGGCGGGGGGAAUUUACAUGGAUGUGGAGGGGGUUAUGGCUUUAAGGCCGGAUGGGCAUACCAGCUGGAUGGAGGAGACGCCUCGGGAUUGCCUGCAUUACUGUACUCCGGGGCCUAUGGAUUUUUAUGCGCAGUUUGUUUACAACAUAUUGCUCCAUUCUGUUCUGUAGAGCUGCUUUGGUGUCAUUUUUGCCUUUUUUGAUGAUGUGGUGAAGUAAUCCGAACGUUCCAC